CAGCUGUUACAUUGCAACAAACCCUAGAUCAGAUCGGGGUUUUAUUUUAUCGUUUUUCUCGAUUUCUCAUCCGUAUUUUUCUCGCUUCCAUGGCUCAUCUUUUCUUCUGGCAGUAGGGGGGAGGAGAUGAUAUGAUGGAGGAGAAAUACGAGAAGAAGGCAAUAUAUCACGAGAAGCAGAGAUUACAGUUCUGCCUCUUGCAUGCCCUCAACAACCUUCUCCAGGACAAGGACUCAUUCACUCGAGCAUACUUGGAUGCCAUUGCCAACAAACUCAUUGUUAUUGACCCAAACAAGGAAAGCUGGACUCUGCUCUCUGUGAUCUUCAAGCCCCACCAUAACACCCUGACAGGAAACUACGACGUAAAUGUACUGAUUGCGGCACUGGAGGGGAAAGGGAAAAAGGUGGUUUGGCACGAUCGUCGUACUGCAGCUUCAUCAAUUGACCUCGGCCAAUCUGAUGAAACGUUAAUGGGUAUUGUUCUCAAUGUCCCAGUCAGAAAAUAUGGCGGGCUUUGGAAAGGCAGGCAUUGGAUUGCACUGAGGAGGAUUGAAGGGGUCUGGUAUGACUUGGACAGUGAUCUCGCUGCACCCAAACCAUUCCAACGUGAAGAAGAAGUAAAAGCAUUCUUGGAUGAUGUUAUCGGUCAAGGUGGGGAGGUGUUGAUUGUCCUGCAUGGCGAACAGUAGAUGGUUCGUGCCAUCUUGUUCCUUAAAUUGAUGGGCUAGGAGU